GUUUUAUCGGAGUCCAUGAUUUUUCUAUUUCUUUUUCUGUAAACAAACAAAUAAUGACAUUUGUCGUGCUUGUCUUGGCUUAUGCCAUACUUGCUUCUCUUUUCUAUGUAGAAUACCACUACAAAACACGAACUACGACGACACUACAGACUGCAGGUGAUGACAGAGGCACGACUCGACUUUUACUUCUUUCCUACCUGAUUGCAAUCACCACUCCGCUCGUCUGCCUGCUUUUGUUGGAUACAACAACAGCCAUGUCUGAUUAUGUCAAAUGGACGGGCCUUGGUAUUAUGCUCUCUGCCAUCUUUUUCUUACGCUGGGCAACGACAGUCAACCCAUUUUAUCUUCCUUCAUUAUCGACUACAGACGAUCAGUUCAUUUGUACAGACGGUCCAUACAAACUCAUUCGACAUCCUGGCUAUUGUGCGUUUAUGCUCGCAUGGUUUGGGUUUGGGCUAACGACUGGCAGCUGGAUUGCUUUCUUUAUCAUCUUUUUACUUCUUAGUCUUGUAUAUUUACUUCGAAUUCAGGCAGAAGAGCAAAUGAUGCUCGAUCGUUUUGGUGUAGAUUAUCAGCAGUAUAUGAAUGAAACUUACAGAAUUAUACCUUAUGUUUAUUAAACAAGUUUCUUUAAGUUAGUAAAAAUAUUCAUACACCUCCAUCUAUUUUUUUUUUUCUUAGUCAUUACGUACCGCUGCAUGGUAAUAGUGAGCUAGAUGCCAUUAUUUAAUAAAAAGCAGUCUGUAUGUAUCUGCAUCUAUGACACAUUCUCAAACAUGAACAGUAUACACGUAUCAAAUGCUAUUAUUUGGUAGUUGAAUG